UAGAGUAAAAAUAAAUGAUCGGUAGAAACUCUAGCCUAAAACAAUCGCUAACUAAAAACGAAUAAUCAAGACAGGUUAUUAUAAAUUAAAACCACUACCCGCCAUUCCCUGCCUACUUCAACUGAACAAAUCCAAAAAAUGCAUUGAUCACGCCCAGAUAAUAAUAAUAAAGCUCCCGUUCCUACAGGUUCGAAUUAACCUCAUCUUCUGUCACUAUUUCAUUUAACAGGAAGGGAUAAACAGAAGAAGAAUAUUGAAGAGGGGAAUAUAGGUAAUCAUGGAGCAAUGGUGCAACACGUGCUCAAACAUGGUGAACCCAAUGAGGGAAGGAGAGAACAAAUGCCCAGUAUGUGGGUCAGAAUUCACAGAGGCAACAAUGGAUCAGAGCCUGAGAUUAUACCACAACGAAGGAAGCGAUCUGAUCAGAUCAGCCUCUGUGUUCUCUCUUUACGCGCCAAUAUUACUGGGUUUGAUGAGUGCUCUCAGACCUGCUCUAGCAACCAUCAGCAGCAACAGCAGCAGCAGCAGCAACAACAACGGUUCAAGUUCAAGGGAGGAGGAAGACAACGAGCAAGAGAUGGAACAGCACGGUGACCUCGUGGUGAGAAGAAGGAGAAGAACAUCGUCCGCUUCUCUCAUGCUUGUCUUUCGUCGUCUCCAUGAUAGGAUGUCGCUGCCAGAAUCUGAUCAGAAUACGAACACAGAAAACGAUCAUGGAAGCAAUGAUGGCGGUGGUGAUAACAACGUGAAUCUCAACGUGGUUGUCAUUGAUCCGUUCAACGAAGAGGCCUUGAUCCUGCGAGGUUCUUCUCGGAUGAACAGCGCCAGAAGUACAACUCCAUUAAUCGAGAACCCCAUGGGGUCACUGGGUGACUUUCUGGAGGGACCUGGGUUCGGAUUAUUACUGCAACACUUGACACAGAAUAACGAGCCUAAUAGAUACGUGAGUAAUGUGAACCCGCCGGCGCAGAAGGCGGCAAUAGAAGCAAUGCCGACGGUGAUCACGGAGGAGAAUAUGCAGUGCAUAAUAUGCUUGGAGGACGCAGAGACUGGGAGUGAAGUGAAGGAGAUGCCGUGCGGGCAUAGGUUUCACAGUGACUGCAUUUUCUCCUGGUUGAAGCUUCGGAGUUCUUGCCCGGUCUGUAGGUUUCAGAUGCCGUCCGAUGAUUCUAAAGUUGAAUCCAAUGGUGGACGUCGGAAUGAAGGCGAUCCGAGUAAUGAUCAGGUCAUGGAUAGAGAACAGAGAAUGAGUUUUGGAAGAAGGAAUUGGCUUUCCAUAUCGCAGCCAUUUGAUUACUUUCUUCCUUCCCCUUGA